AUGGAUAAUUUUCGAUCCAGAGGCUAUUCACGCCUCGGGUUUACCAGUGCAAAUCCUCCACACGGCAUUGUUCCUGACAUUGAGUUAGAAAGCCUUCGAAUUGCCCCAAAGGCGACACAACAUGAACCUUCUCCAGGUGCCGCCUUGCUCGUCUCCACGAACAUGUCAAAUCCUGAAGAAACAGGUCAUCGGCUGAAUACACGCUGGAAUCCAUUUUUCCUAAGGUACUGGGUGCUGAUCGCCUUUGCUCUCUUUUUUGUCGCUGUCAUCGCUGCCCUGCAAGUGGUGUACACUGUUUCGCAGAAUAAUCACGGAAUUGCUACGAGCAGUGACAGUGAUCAUUAUUUGUGGACUUAUGGUCCAACGGCCGUCUUUGUGGUUGUCACUGUUCUUUGGCGUCAAGUCGACUAUGCCGCAAAAUCAAUCCAGCCCUGGGCGGAAAUGGCAAAAGGCCCUCAACGAGCAGAAAACAGCCUUCUCUUGGAUUAUGUCACGCCGCUCCAGAUCUUGUCGCUCUGGAAAUCUUUGCGACGUGGCCAUUUCGCCGUCUCGUCUAGUAUUGUUGUCUUCCUCCUGAUCAAAGUGAUAACUGUCUUGAGCACUGGUAUGUUCAGCCUCCAAUCAGUCCAAAAGAAUGGAGUGCCGACCCCAAUGACCCUCAACAAUACCUUUGACGGUACACGCUUUCGUCACGCUGAAUCGGUCGACUCGAGGGCUGCGUAUGUCGCGUACGGCCACAGGGCCUAUAAUAUCAGCCUUCCCGUCGGUACGACCGACCAAUAUGCUGUUCAAAGUUUUGCCCCGAGUGAUGGACUCGUGAACGGCAGUCUAGCAUAUUCUGCCGCGGUUGAUGUUUUCAGCGCCAGCCUCAGCUGCGAGUCUGGGAUCCUCAAGCACACCACGUCUAUUGACGACGAAAGCAAUGCGCCGAUAUCAACAUACUACAACUCAUCGGCGACACUGCCGGACUGCCAGAUAUACAAUGCAUAUCUUGAUGCCCCGGAUUGGUUCUAUGAGCAAAACGACACUACCCAUCGAUUUGGUUAUCGAGCUUCAUUGCAGAAUGUGACAUGCUCAAACCUCCCACUCGAUGAUCCUACGAGGUCGCGAUUCAUGAUCGCGGCAGCAUAUUCAGAGGGUUUCAGCCAAAACAACAACACCUUGCUGAACUCGUCCAACAUCGUCUGCGUUCCAUCCUACUCACUCCAGGCGGCGACGGUCACCCUCGAUACUCAGGGAAACGUCCAAUCCGUCAAUGUGACUGGAGAAGCUCGUGGUCUCAAUGGUCUCAGCGCCGUUGACAUCGCUGAUGGAGUUCUGGCAACGACGCAACAAGCCUCUACAAUUUCCGCUUCGACGUCGAGCAACGUAAUCUUGGAUGUCUUUACAACGAUGAUGCAGCAAGACUCGGUCAACUUCAAGGCCGAAGAUCUCCUUGAUUCGACUUAUCUCAAUACCACAGCCAGCAGAAUAUACGGCAAAAUCACAGCACAACUCGCAAAUCUUUAUUUACUCUCUGAUACAGCUGAGAAUGCUGGGCCGGUAAUAGAAGGCACAAUCUCCAAAGAUGAGAACCGCCUCAUCGCGAGACAGAUUCCAAUCAGGGUCAUGCAAGGCGUCGCCGCGUUGAUGGUCCUGCUCAUUGUUAUCAUCCUAUUCGUUCGUCCAAGAGGUGUGGUGCCAAGGAGCAUCGACUCUAUUGCUGCGGUUGCCGCAAUUCUUGCUCGCAGCCCAGCAUUAGAGGCCCGUCUCCGAGGUUCUGGCCACCGAAGCUUGGGUGAGCUGCGAGAUAUUCUGGAUCCACACAAAUUCAUGACCGCUACUGGUUAUGAAGAUGGCGCCCGUACCUUCUCGAUUCAAAUGAUCCCUAGGGCCGAAGCAGUACUGCACGGGUCAUCGGACCGCGGCGAUACCGUUUUUCAGAACAUCAAAUGGACUCGACCUUUCAUUCUGCGCAGAAUUGGCAUGUCAUCCACCAUCCUGGCGUCUAUUGCCGCCAUCAUCGCCCUGGAGGUCCUACUGUCACGAUCGCAAGCACACGACGGUCUUGGAAGCGUCGAUGAAGACAGCGCAACCAGAUAUUCCUGGUUGUACGCGCCAGUCUUGGUUUUCCUCUUGCUGGCGACCCUCUUCAACGUUAUGGACUUCGAGAUCGAGUUCACAGAGUCUUUCCACGCAAUGGCAAAAGCCGAUUGCGACGCCACUUCUUCAAUGCUCUGGUAUCCCUUGAGGCACGUGUCUUUACAUGCCACUUAUAGCGGCCUCCGGCAUAGUCGGUUUGCUUUGACUGCAGCAUCUGUCUCGGCAGUUCUUGCUCCCCUGCUCACCAUUAUUGUGUCAGGCCUAUUCACUACCAAGGCGACCACUCAGGGCAUUUCUGUCCAGGUGAAUGCUUUGGACUGGUUUAAUACCACCACGUUAGCCGACACUACCACGAAUGUCCCACUCCUCGUCAUUGAAGGCAACAUGUCAUAUCCCCAGUGGACCUACUCCGAAGUAGCGGUCCCCAGACUUAGCCUCGUGGACGACGACGCAAACCAGCUGCUUCGCCAAGGUGGAACCAUAUUUGUUGGUACCCCCACGAUUCGAGGAGCAGUUACGUGCAAUGUUGUUCCUAAGGACCGAAUCCUGAAUACCACCAUCAGUGGUGAUAUCAUCUCUUCCAAUAUCAGCACACCGGAUGGCUGUGGAAAUACCGGCUUUAUCAAUGAAGGAAAUAUUUGGCUCUCCUCUGAAAUUCAAGUCCCAGUACACAAGUCCGGAUACUUUGGUUCGACUUUGCCGUUAGGAUUUCUUAACACUUGUCCUACCUUGGCCUUAUACUACGGCCAUGUCACAGACAAUCAAAUCGACCACUUUAUUCCAAUCUUAUGCACCCAAUAUCUCGAGCGAGUACAGGCAAACGUGAGCUUCAAUCUCCCCGACUUUUCAAUCUCCACCGAGCCGGUGGUGCACCCAGGCUCGGCAAUCAAGUUUUCCAACUUCUAUACUGCAUUUCCAACGCUGCAAGUCUUGAAUGUCACAUCAACAGCCGACAAGCUUGACGACACGUUUAAUGCCAUAGUUUAUGGCAAGGAUGGAACCCCGACGACUGAGCUGUUAGAUGAGAGCACAUUGAUCGCAUCGUAUACGCACUUGUAUCGCCAGUACAUGGCUCAAGUGGUCAACAGCUUCCUCCGCGCAGAUUUCUCUACUCUGUCCAACAAUGCGACCGAAACGGUGGUUAACCCUUUGCAGGCAACCUACGUCAAUCCUCGCCAUUUCCGCCUCGUUCAGUCGCCUCUGUCCACUCAUUUGCUGGUGGGUGUUGUCGGUGCAUUGCUAAUCUGUGCGCUCGUGGUCUUCAUUACUAUUGACAUGCGCAAUGUCCUGCCCAAGCCGGUUGGGAGCAUCGCUGCCGUGGCAAGCUUGCUGGCAGGGUCCCGUAUUGUGGACCCGAGAUCUGGAAUGGUGCCCCCGGGUUCCGAGUACUGGUCGGAUGCCGAAUGGGAAAAAAGGGGCAUCUGGCAGAGCGAGAUGUUUAGGAUGGGUUGGUGGAAUAAAUUCCAGCAACCAGUCGAUUCGUGGGGAGCGGACGGGGAAUAUAGGACAACCAUACGACCAGACGAGGGUCAAAUCCUCGAAUCCAGCGACGCGGAAAGUCUGGAGCUUCCACCAUCCUUUAGAAUUGAUGCGCGUCCGAAAGUUGGGUAA